AUGAGUAUUGAUCAAAAUCAACAACGUGAAUUAUCCAACAUAAAUUACCCCAACGUCAACGUGAAUUAUUUUGACACAUCCAACACAAACUAUAAGGAAGUCGCCCAUGAAGGUUCCUAUCUUUUGGAUUCCACAUCCAGGAAGGAAGUUGCCCGUGAAGGUUUCUAUCUUUUGGAUUCCACAUUCAAGAAGAAUAGUACCUCUAUAAUGGACGUAUUAAAUAAAAGUAGAAUAAAGUGUCGAGAAUACUAUAAUGACAAUUGUAUUGAGCUGGUUGGGAUUUAUGAAGAAAUAAACUUUAUCAAUACAUUAUGUAAAAAGAGACCACAACAAAAUCGGACGUAG